CAGUCAGUCAGUCAGUCAGUGAGUGUGAGCGGGUAAAUACUUCCUCAAACACGCCGCGCUCUUCAUUUACUCUCUACUUCUAAAGCAGCACGGACAGCAAGAGAGGCAUUAAAGAAACUUAUUGCUCUUUAAAGUUGUGUGUAGGCAGGUGAUCGCUUACCAUGGCUCCGUUCCUGCGGAUUGCCUUCAAUGAUUUUACCCUGGGAGAACUUCCUCCAAUGGCGGAGGAGCCGUUCUGUGCCAUCAAGAUGAAGGAAUCACUCAGCACAGAGCGGGGGAAGACGCUCGUCCAGAAGAAGCCCACCAUGUACCCUGCAUGGAAAUCCUCCUUUGAUGCACACAUCUAUGAGGGCCGUGUCAUACAGGUGGUGCUGAUGAAAACAGCAGAGGAGCCUCUGUCAGAGGCCACAAUCGGGGUCUCUGUCCUCGCCGAGCGCUGCAAGAAAGGUAGCGGCCGUGCUGAGUUCUGGCUGGACCUGCAACCCUCUGGGAAGGUGUUGAUGAAUGUACAGUUCUUUUUUGAGGACUUAGACUCCAACGCUUCAGUGACAGCAAAAAAUGAGGAUGGCCUUCUCACUUUAAACAGAAGAAGAGGGGCCAUCAAACAGCCUAAGAUUCAUUUCAUUAAGAACCAUGAGUUUCAAGCCACCUUCUUCAAACAGCCUACCUUCUGCUCAGUGUGCAAGGAUUUUGUUUGGGGUCUCAAUAAGCAAGGCUACAAAUGUAGGCAAUGCAAUGCGGCCAUUCACAAGAAGUGCAUUGAUAUGAUCAUUGGGAGAUGCACUGGUACAGCGACAAACAGCCGAGAUACAAUGUUUCAGAAGGAGCGCUUUAAGAUUGACAUGCCUCAUCGUUUUAAGACGCAUAACUACAUGAGCCCAACCUUUUGCGAUCAUUGCGGGAGUCUGCUGUGGGGAAUGGUCAAACAAGGACUCAAGUGUGAAGAUUGUAAUAUGAACGUCCAUAAAAAAUGCCAGACCAAGGUCGCCAACCUCUGCGGAAUCAACCAGAAACUUCUGGCGGAGGCUUUGACUCAAGUUAGUCUGAAGUCAUCCACGAAGCGCUCAGAUCCCACUGUGUCAGAAAUUGGAAUUUAUCAAGCCAUAGACAAUAACCUACCAGCGGACCCUAGUGCGGAGGGAAAAUUAACAGAUGACACAACUCCUGCCCCAGCCAGCCUUACGCGCACAAGCCGAGUCUCUAUAAGUAACUUUGUAUUCCACAAAGUACUGGGCAAGGGCAGCUUUGGAAAGGUGAUGCUGGCAGAGCUGAAAGGAAAGGGGGAAUACUUUGCCAUUAAAGCCCUAAAGAAAGAUGUAGUGCUGAUGGAUGAUGAUAUUGAAUGCACUAUGGUAGAGAAACGAGUGUUAGCGUUGGCCUGGGAAAACCCUUUUCUCACACACCUGUACUGUACUUUCCAGUCAAAGGAGCAUUUAUUCUUUGUGAUGGAAUAUCUGAAUGGAGGAGAUCUGAUGUUCCACAUUCAGGAUAAGGGACGUUUUGAUUUGUACAGAGCCACGUUUUAUUCUGCUGAAAUCAUCUGUGGACUUCAGUUCCUGCACUCUAAAGGCAUCGUAUACAGAGAUUUAAAGUUGGAUAAUGUAAUGCUGGACAAAGAGGGACAUAUUAAGAUCGCAGACUUCGGAAUGUGCAAAGAAAACAUGUUGGGAGAAAACCGAGCCACCACUUUUUGUGGCACUCCGGACUACAUCGCUCCCGAGAUCCUGCUGGGCCAAAAAUACACUUUCUCUGUGGACUGGUGGUCAUUCGGCGUGCUGCUCUUUGAGAUGUUGAUCGGCCAGUCGCCGUUCCAGGGAGAUGAUGAGGACGAACUGUUCGAGUCCAUCCGCACGGAUGUACCUCACUAUCCACGCUGGAUUACUAAAGAGUCGAAAGACCUGCUGGAGAAGUUAUUUGAGCGGGAACCAACUCGGCGGCUUGGUGUUGUUGGAAAUAUUCGUGGACAUGCAUUCUUUAAGACAAUUAACUGGGCUGCACUGGAGAGACGAGAGGUGAAUCCUCCGUUCAAGCCAAAAGUGAAAUCACCCAGUGACUGUAGCAACUUUGACAGAGAGUUCCUCAGUGAAAAGCCACGACUAUCUCAAGGUGACAAGAACCUGGUAGACUCCAUGGACCAGGCAGCCUUUGAUGGCUUUUCUUUCAUUAACCCCAAAAUGGACACCAUAAUGGCGAAAUGAUCUCCCUCCAGAUCUGCCCAAUCAAAAUAAGAGCGGCAUACAUGAGCCAGAAGUUCAACCAGUGUUACAACUGCUAUACUUGCUGGACUGUCAAAUAGAUAAUGAUGUAUUUAUGUCUUUUUCAUUUUUUAAAUCAAAUUAAACGAUGUACAAUAAUAUUGUAGUAUCUCUAACAUAGAUAUAUAUGUUUUUACAAUUAAACCUUACUACCUGACAAAUCAGACAGAAUUAACCUAACAUAAAGGGAAUGUAUAUUAUAGUUGUAUAUUUAGUGUUAAACUGUGUUGUUACAGUAGGUAGUGGCCUUUAAGACUCUCUUGAAUCCCCGUACGUCUUAAAGGUUGUCUCAUAAUGUUAAAAUAUAAUCUCAUAUUAUGUUUGUGGGAUGUUCUGGCAUUUAUUUUUUUGUAUAUCUCGAAGUUAUCCUUUUAUACAGAUCUGAAAUCAGUUUUACAGUGUAAAAAUUUAUGAUAUUGAUUUUGCAAGUGAGAGCUACGCAUUGGCUCUGUUGAGCGUGCACAAAAUAGUGUUUUUCCAGUUUGGGUCCAUAAACAAUGGACAUUGAAACUGUAGAUUUAUUUAGGUGAACCUAUAGCAAAACCCCUACAAUAUGAAAUAAUAGUAAUAUUAAUGUCUUGCUAGACAUAAAUAGGGAUAUUUUUUAUGGUACUGUAGGUAGAUAGCAUAUUGGUACAGUAUAUUGGUGGGUGGAGGUUAUAGAUCACCUGAGUGCUGUUAUUUAAUGUUGGUAUUUUAUUAAAGUAUGAUAGUGUAUAUAACAAUAUAUGUAUAUUGUUCAGAACUCUUGCUGUUAUUGGAGAUAAUAAUGGUUUUUGUUUUUUUUUACUAAAUUUAUGCCACUGAACUCGACACCAAUAAAGAUUUGUCAUCUUCA